AUGAAACUUGUCGAAAAUAAUGUGUGUAUUGAAAAUUAUGAAGAAGACCAAAACGAUGAAGAUGACCAUCAGAAUGAUGAAGACGAUGAAGAUGAUGACGAUUGUCCACCAACGAUUGUUAAAACAAAGAAGGAUUGUCCUACCAAAGAAGACUUUUGUCCGUCCCAGGACAUCGACCCUUGCACGUUAGACAAGUCAAGCAAAAAAAAACGCAAAAAAGGAAAAGAUGAUGAUGACUGUGAAGAAGAAAAAACCUGCGCAAAUCCUAUAACACCUAAACAAAGAGAAAGGCUGAAGAGAGAACACUUGGAACUGUGCAAAGCUUUCAAACAACCAACGUGCGCCCAAACUGCAGCCAAGAAGUCCAAAGACCCUUGCUAA